AAGUAAGUAAAUAAAAAGGAGAGACGCAUCACAGUCAACCUUUAAGCUUUAAAAAGAUCCCUCUAACAUAGCAAGUAGUUAAACAAUGAAUUUACUAACGCUUGGUUUCAUAACCUUUUUAACAUGUUUAAUAUUUGGUUUUGUCUCAACCGAUUCCACAACUUCAGAAAUGGAAGAGAGUCCCAAUACAUCAGAUAUGACAACACUUGGAAAUACGACUUGGUCAGAAGCUGAAAGUACGACUUGGACAGAAGCUGGAAAUGUGACGUGGACAAAAGGUGGAGAUACGACUUGGACAGAAGCUGGAAAUGUGACUUGGACAGAAGCUGGAAAUGUGACGUGGACAGAAGCUGGAAAUGUGACUUGGACAGAAGCUGGAAAUGUGACUUGGACAGAAGCUGGAAAUACCACUAUUACACUUUCACCUGGAACAGGAAAUACAACAGAAACAACAGCGAACCCUACACAUGAAACUCCUGAACCAGGAUCAAAGAAACUGAGCAAGGGAGCUAUUGCUGGAAUUGUCAUUAGUGUGAUUUUAGGCUGUAGUGUUAUUGUUGGAGGAGUGAUCUGGUUAAUAAGAAGACAAAAACGCAAAGAAAUGGCAGGAAACAUUAUUGGACAAUAAUAUUUAAUGUAAAACCUAGUUUGAGUUUAAAAUGUAUUUUGCUUACUGAUUUUGAGACUAUAGAGAAUUGAGAGUCUACAAUUUAAAAACAUUUGUCCGAGAAAGCACAAUUUCCCAAACCGUAAGGUGACUACUUCAAAAAGUCAUGACUACAUAUCAUUGUGUAUCCCAUAACAAAAAACAAACAAUGAAGUAAUAGUUUCAAGGUAAAUGCAAAUAAUUUAUUAUUCAAAUGGACUUAUCUUUUUGGUCACUAAAGACGGUGCAUUUUUCUGUCUGAAUUUUUGAAAAGUUUGUUAAAAUAGUAGAAUUUUAUCUUAAAUUGGUACACUAUAAAAUUUAGAAACAAAUAUUGUACAGCAUGAUCAAUAUGGAUGUCGUUAGCUGUACAACUGCUCGCUAUAUCACUGUUAAAAAAAGAUUAAUAAGCCUGUUUAGUGACAUCUGGUUUCAGCUUAAAUUCUGUGUAGCUUUAUCUAAAUUAAGAAUAAAACUUUUGAAAGUGUUUCUUUGCUUUAAA